AUGCUUCGGUAUUUGCGUUCAGAUGCGACCCCCCUAUCUGCUGAAGAUAUCCAGGAUAUUAUUAAAGCUAAAAAUUCAACGAAGCGGGCAUCAGAAGUCAUGGCUAACAAAUACAAAAUAUCAACACGGCGGGUGUAUCAAAUUUGGAGAGGAGCUCACCCACCAAUAGACCCUAAAGAUAUAAAACCACUGUCAGAAGAACCUGGUUCGUAUCAGCAAGCGGAUCCUGUGGAAUGCAAU